AUGGCCACUCCUUUCGUCGUCUCGUACGACCCCGCCACCGCCUCCGACGGCCUCACUCUCCAGCAGAUCGCCUACUUUGGCCGUGUGUUGAUCAAGGCCACUGACCUCGCUCAGACGGAGAGCUUCAUCCGCCAGAACUUCCGCCUCCUUGAUAUCUACGUUGAUGCCACCAGCAUCUCAUCGAGCGGUGAUCUUGUUGACAUCCUCAAUGCCGGUGCAGCCAAGAUCUUCAUCUCCCUCGACCAAUUGACCGCCCUCAGCGAGGAGCAGUCCGUCCCCUCCUCACGCCUCGUUGUCUACACUUCCUCCGACGACCAGGUCGAGACUUUCCAGAAAUGGGUUGUCAAGCAUAUUGAGCGCGAAGAGGCUGGUCUGUGCAUUGCCUCCGACGCCGUGCACCCCGUCUCCGUGAAGCUCGGCUUGAACCCCGAAGCUCAGCUUCUCUACCGUACAUACUCUGAGGAAAUCUCGGAGGAUGCUAUCAAGGAAACAAUGAAGCAGGGUGGUGUCAGUAUUGUGCCUGCCAGUACUCUGGCUGUUAGCCGCGAGGAGUCGAGUGGAAAGAUUCAGGCUGGUUCUUUGAUUGCCGCCCGUGGUGUUAAGGACCAGGGCAAUGGCCUGUAUGCUACGACUGUCUCGGACGAGAGAGGUGUUAGCCUUGGAUUUGUCUGGAGCAGCGACGAGAGCAUCGCAGAGGCUCUACGCACUGGCACCGGUGUUUACCAGAGCCGCAAGCGCGGUCUGUGGUACAAGGGCCAGUCUAGCGGAGACGUUCAGGAGUUGAUCCGCAUUGGUUUCGACUGCGACAGUGACUGCCUUGUCUUUGUUGUCAAGCAGAGUGGAAGAGGCUUCUGCCACCUCGGCACUGCCAGCUGCUUCGGUCCGUACACCGGUCUCUCACGUCUUCAGAAGACUCUACAAGCCCGCAAGGCCGAUGCUCCUGCCGGCUCAUACACUGCUCGCCUGUUCAACGAGCCCAAGCUUACUCAGGCCAAGAUUAUGGAAGAAGCCGACGAGCUUUGCCGUGCGGAAACCAAGGAGGAUAUUGCCUUCGAGGCCGCCGAUCUCCUUUACUUUGCUCUUACCCGUUGUGUUGCCGCUGGCGUCAGCCUCGAGGAUGUGGAGCGCAACCUUGACCUGAAGAGUCUGAAGGUGAAGCGUAGAAAGGGUGACGCCAAGGGCCCUUGGGCUGAGAAGGCUGGUCUUGCCGAGAAGCCCGCGGAGAAGCCCGUUGAGAAGGCUGCCCCCAAGGAGGAGCCCAAGGAAGACACCUCUCGCAUUGAGAUGACUCGUGUUGUUACCGCUUCCACAUCUGUCGAGAAGGUCCACGACUACCUCAAGCGUCCUUCUCAGAAGUCCAACGACGCCAUUGUCGGUCUGGUCAAGCCCAUCAUCAAGGAUGUCGUCGAGCAAGGCGAUGCUGGUGUUCUUAAGUACACCCACAAAUUCGAAAAGGCCACCUCCUUGACCUCUCCUGUCAUCAAGGCACCUUUCCCCGCAGAGCUGAUGAAGCUGUCUCCUGACGUUCAGGAAGCCAUCGAUGUCAGUAUCUCCAACAUUGCCAAGUUCCACAGCGCCCAGAAGGGCAGCAACGAUUCUUUGUCAAUGGAGACCAUGCCUGGUGUUGUCUGCUCGCGCUUCUCGCGCCCCAUUGAGCGUGUCGGUUGCUACAUUCCUGGCGGCACCGCCGUCCUGCCCUCCACCGCCAUGAUGCUUGGUGUUCCCGCCAUGGUGGCUGGCUGCAAGAAGAUCGUUUUUGCUUCCCCUCCUCGCUCCGACGGCAGUAUCACUCCUGAGAUUGUCUACGUUGCUCACAAGGUUGGUGCCGAGAGCAUCGUCCUAGCUGGAGGCGCCCAGGCUGUCGCAGCCAUGGCCUACGGUACCGAAAGCGUCAGCAAGGUCGACAAGAUUCUCGGCCCCGGUAACCAGUUCGUCACUGCCGCCAAGAUGCUGGUUUCCAACGACACCUCUGCCAAUGUCAGCAUUGACAUGCCCGCCGGUCCUAGUGAAGUCCUUGUCGUCGCCGACAAGACCGCCAACCCCGCCUUUGUUGCCUCCGACCUUCUGAGCCAGGCCGAGCACGGUGUUGACUCCCAGGUCAUCCUCAUCGCCAUCGACCUGAACGAGCAGGAACUUAAGGCCAUUGAGGACGAGGUCGACCGCCAAGCCCGUGCUCUUCCUCGCAUGGACAUUGUCCGUGGUUCUCUCGAGCACUCUGUUACUUUUGUCGUCCGUGACCUUGAAGAGGCCAUGGCUCUGAGCAACAACUACGCCCCUGAGCAUCUAAUCCUUCAGAUCGACAACGCUGAGGCCGCUGUCGAGAAGGUCCAGAACGCCGGAUCCGUGUUCAUCGGCCAGUGGACUCCCGAGAGUGUUGGCGACUACUCUGCUGGUGUCAACCACUCACUGCCCACCUACGGUUACGCCAAGCAGUACUCCGGUGUCAACCUCGGCUCGUUCCUCAAGCACAUCACCUCCUCGAACCUGACCGCCGAUGGUCUUCUUGGUCUGUCUAAGACCGUUGAGACUCUCGCCGCUGUUGAGGGACUUGAUGCCCACAAGCGUGCAGUCAGCAUUCGUGUCGCCGCCAUGAAGCAGCAGUAA